AUGAGUAUACCACAACCUUCGCAACAACCACCUAAUUAUUCACAACAACCACCUAAUUAUUCACAACAACCUCCAAUACCAUCUCAACCGCAACCGCAACCUCAACCUCAACCUCAACCUCAACCUCAACCUCAACCUCAACCUCAACCUCAACCUCAACCUCAACCUCAACCUCAACCUCAACCUCAAAUUCAAAAUCAACAACGUCAAGUUUCUUUUAAUGUUUCAGAUCAUUAUCAAAUUUUGGAAAUUGUUGGUGAAGGUGCUUAUGGUAUAGUUUGUUCUGCAAUUCAUAAACCAAGUCAACAAAAAGUUGCUAUUAAAAAAAUAGAACCAUUUGAAAGAUCUAUGCUUUGUUUAAGAACUUUAAGAGAAUUAAAAUUAUUAAAACAUUUUAACCAUGAAAAUAUUAUAAGUAUAUUAGCAAUUCAAAGACCAAAUAAUUUUGAAACUUUUAAUGAAAUUUAUCUUAUACAAGAAUUAAUGGAAACUGAUUUACAUAGAGUUAUACGUACUCAAAAAUUAACUGAUGACCAUAUACAAUAUUUUACAUAUCAAACUUUAAGAGCUUUAAAAACUUUACAUUCAGCAAACGUUUUACAUAGAGAUUUAAAACCAUCAAAUUUAUUACUUAAUUCAAAUUGUGAUUUAAAAAUUUGUGAUUUUGGUUUAGCUAGAUCAAUUGCUUCAAGUGAAGAUAAUUUUGGUUUUAUGACUGAAUAUGUUGCAACAAGAUGGUAUAGAGCUCCUGAAAUUAUGUUAACUUUUCAAGAAUAUACUACUGCUAUAGAUGUUUGGUCCGUAGGUUGUAUAUUAGCUGAAAUGUUGAGUGGUAAACCUUUAUUUCCUGGUAGAGAUUAUCACAAUCAAUUAUGGUUAAUUAUGGAAAUUUUAGGUACUCCAAAUGUUGAAGAUUUUUAUAAUAUAAAAUCAAAAAGAGCAAGAGAAUAUAUUAGAUCAUUACCAUUUUGUAAAAAAAUUUCAUUUAAAGAUUUAUUUAAAGAUAAUUCAAUAAAUCCGUUAGCUUUAGAUUUAUUAGAAAAAUUAUUAAUUUUUAAUCCAUCAAAAAGAAUUAAAGUUGAAGACGCUUUAAAACAUCCUUAUUUAAAAUUAUAUCAUGAUCCAAUGGAUGAACCAAAUAGUGAAAAAAUUCCUGAUAAUUUUUUUGACUUUGAUAAAAGAAAAGAUGAAUUAAGUAUAUUGGAUUUAAAGAAAAUGUUAUUCGACGAAAUUAUGAAGCCAUUAUAA